AUGGCCAAGAAAAAGCGCCAGAGGAUCAGCUAUGUCCUGCCUCUGGCAGCCUCUCCUGGAGGCCACCGGCUUGGGGUGAAUGGCCUAGCAUUCGACGAAGACCGCGAUAUCCUAUACACUGGCGGCCGGGACGGUGUAAUAUGUGCCUGGAAUCUAGAUCUAGACGCGCAGAGGUUACAGCGAGAUGCAGGGACCAAGGACAAAAAGGGCACUGUUUCCUUUCGCAAGCAGGUGCAGGCGCAUACGCACUGGGUCAACGACAUCGUCCUGGUCAAGAACAAUCUUGGGCUGGUGUCUGCCUCAUCCGACGUCACCGUCAAGCUGUGGCGACCCCAUGGCCACGAGACCACUCAAGCAUACACCAUCGGCUCCCACAGUGAUUAUAUCAAGUGCCUUGCGACGCCCGACCGGACCGCGAAUUGGGUUGCAUCGGGAGGCUUGGACCACAAGAUCUGUCUGUGGGAUUUGAACGGGGCUGGCAAGAACCUCGAGAUUGAUGUUGGCAAGAUUCAAGACGUGGUCAAGGGAUCCGUAUAUGCACUGCGCGCCCGAGGCUCUCUCCUCGCGAGCGGUGGCCCCGAAAGCGUGGUUCGACUGUGGGAUGUCAAAUCUGGCAAGAGCAUAACCAAGCUUGUUGGACACACAGACAAUGUCCGAGACAUCUUGAUAAGCGAUGAUGGCGACACCCUGCUCACAGCCUCGUCCGAUCAGACCAUCAAAGUCUGGUCCAUUGCUGCUGGAAGAUGUGUCCAUACCUUGACCAUGCACAACGACAGCGUCUGGUGCAUGUAUUCGGAUGACCCUAACUUGGCCGUCUUUUAUUCGGGAGACAAGUCUGGACUCGUUGCCAAGACAGACACCCGUCGUGCCAUGGAAAUUGACGACGGAGUGUCGGUCGCCGUUUGUCAAGAGCACGAUGGCAUUGCGCGGGUUCUCCCCGUGGGCGAUUUUGUGUGGACGGCUACGUCAAGUUCUAGCGUUAACCGCUGGCUUGAUGUCGACACGGAGCUCGAGGUGGAGACGCCGCCAGCAUCGCCACGCGAGGAAAGGGCUGCGAGCCCAGAAAUGAGGAAAAACCUGUCGCCUGAGGAUGCUCGAACACCCUCACCCACCUCGACCAGAGAUUGCAAGAUCAACGGGACUACGAAUGGCGAAGUUGACCACAAGAAGAAGAUACCACACACCGCGAUUCUUCGAGUCUCGAACACUACUCUACUUCCUGGCAGAAAGAACCUGGGCAGAUUACCCAAUGUGUCCGCGACGAACGUGAGGAAAGCUUCCGAGGUCAUGAUUGCCGACGAUCUGAGUCUAGUGGUUCCUGUCCGAGGACAACCUGCUGAGACUAUCGAGGGCCAGAACGGACUUAUCAAACACGUCAUGCUAAAUGACCGAAAGCGAAUCCUCACUCUGGACACUGCCGGUGAGGUUGUAUUAUGGGAUCUGUUAAGAUGCACGCCGAUCAAGUCGUUCGGCCGUCGUCAUCUAGAUGAAGUUGUGCCGGACGUCAACACCACAGAGAGCGUCGCAAACUGGUGUGGUGUGGAUACAAAGACUGGCAAGAUCACAGUCAUGCUCGAGGAGAACUAUUGUUUCGAUGCGGAGGUGUAUGCAGACGAGAUUGACCUGCCCAGCGACGUUCAUCUCCGAGAAGAUCAAAGGAUUAAUCUCGGAAAAUGGGUCUUGCGCAAUCUUUUCUCAAAGUUGAUCGAUGAAGAGAUUGCUCGCGACGAGGAGCACAGACGCACGCUUCAAAGCAAGAUUACUCCCUCGUCCAGCACUGGCCUCAUUCGACCUGGUGCGCCAACGAGUAUUGCCAUGCCGGAAUCUGUUGGAACAACCCCUAUGGUAUCUCCAGGGACUACAGCCACGCCUCGGGCAAACGGAUUAGGAAGGGUUCCUCCUACGCCGGGCUUAGCAAUUGGAGCGGCUACUCCGGGGUUCGCGCCACUCAACACCAGCCUUUCUACAACGGCUGAAGAAGACGGCGGAGUGACCCCUAAUGGUAUACUGCACACUCCUCGGACAACUACCCCGAAAGUGCACACUCCUCGUGUGCAGCAAACCCCGUCGGCAACAGAGUCACAAGGGGUCGACUAUUUCUCGUCUUCAACCGCCACCGCGAUCGAUCAAUCCGAAGCGUCUUCAGAGAGCGAUAAAAUCCCCAAAACACCCGGUAUCGGAACGGAAAACAAUGCCGGCACGGUCUCCACGCCAACUUCACCAACGGAAGAAAAGAAAAAGGGCUUGUUCGGCAAGAAGUUCGGCAUGGGUAUGUCCUUGACCAAGAAAAUGACAACACGCACCUCGGCAGAGGUAAAGGCACCCGUCGCUUCAGCAGAAGAGAAACUAUCGGAUACAGCCUCGAUGCGGUCGUGCGACAAAGACACCGAGAAGGUGCAUAACAUCGAAGACAAUUUCUUCGGCGUUGUGCAGAAGAUCCGUCUCGAGUACGAUGAGCACAUUGAGCACCAGCCAGAUCAGCCGCUGCCACCAGGAAUAACACCCAGUCCGGCCAGCGAGACGCCAGCGCUGGCUCCACCACCUCACACCACAGUUAUCAUCCAGGAGGAUAAUCCGGAGAGUGGCGGCCUAGCGGACCAAUACAGGGGAGAGAUCAGUGAGUUAGGCAACCCGACUGAGGUUGACACGUUGGAAAAAAUUGCGCCGAUGUGGCUAGGUGACUUGUUGUUACGGAACCAAAUCCCGUACAAAGACACCGUCAAGGUGUCUUUUGUGCUGCACCCUUAUGACAACCUUCUUCCAGCCAUUGCGUCGCCCGACGGCAACGCCCGCCUCAAUGCGAAUCGCAUGCUCCGCGCGAAGAAAAUCAUGGCGUAUGUUGCAGAGCGAAUUGAAGCUCCCGUCCCAGUGGCACCACCUCCAGAUACAGCCCAGUCCAGCGCAACACAUACCGACACCGAGCCACCUCCUGAGGCUGAGCGGACAAAUGAAGCCAGACCGGCCGAGACACCGGCGCCGGGCAGCGGGCAGGAGGCCGAUGGGGAGCAGCUGAAGCCGGAAGAAUAUCUCGAACUCUACUGCCAGGGCCAACGCGUUGACCCGAACACCACGCUCGCGACUCUAAGGGUGCAUGUCUGGAGGACGGGUGGAGAUGUCGUGCUAUAUUAUAAGAGCAAUGGGCGCAAAGAGCUGAAGUUGCCGCAUCCUGCUCAGGUUCCCACCAGGGAGGAAAGCGAGGAGACCACUGGGGUAGUAAGGUAA